AUUUUUGAGAGACGACUAUUUAUGUCGUCUGAAUUUCGGCGACCAAUGGGACGAAGGCAGCGAAUUUAAAAAGGAGCCGGGCAUCACAACGUCAUACGUAAACAUUCUGUACGAGAACAGGAGCUGUUACGCCUGUUUCCAAAGCAAGAUACAAUGGCAAACAUCAUCUUUCCAGAGCGAGAAAACGUCUGUCUCCAUGCGCCUACCCUGAUGAGGCAGCGGCUCAAGUCUGCUCCAGAGAAACUCCUGAAAUCGCCCAUGCCUGUUAAAACCUUGGCCACUCCUCUGGCGUCUGGUCGUAAGGCUUUUGGUGCCAUCAACAAAAAGGUCUCCACACCUGCUGUCUUUGCACAAGAGAAAAAACGUCUAAAGCCACAGGAAACCAAAGUGAAGUGUGUGCCUCAAACCCAUGUGGGGGAAUAUCCAGAAAUUGAGAAGUUCAUCCCUUAUGACCCACUAGAGUUUGAGAAGUACAGCCUACCUGAAGACUUGGUUCUUCUGGGUGGCUGUGCCCUGCCCGGACUAGCACGUCCCUCACACGCUCCACAUCUGUGCGAGGAGGACCUGGAACCGUUGGCACCACUCCCAAGCUUGUCUCCUGUAAAAAUGCCAAGACGUUCAGAUGACUGCUUGGAGCUCAAUGCAUUUCUUCAAACCUUGGAGGAGCUCACUGUUGACCUUCCUCCAGAACCUGUUGCUGACUAAAUAUUAAUGUGAUUUUACCUGUCUUGACUGCUUUGAAUGACUUUCUUUAAAUUGAAAUAAAGUUUAUUUUCCCACCAUUUUUAAA